AUGUCGGCCGUCGAGCUCCUCAACCCGCGCGCCGAGAUCAGUCGCCGCAACCAGGCCUUCUCCCUCAACGUCACGGGCGCAACCGGCCUCGCCAACGUCGUCAAGAGCAACCUCGGACCUCGCGGCACCCUCAAGAUGCUCGUCGACGGCGCAGGCCAGCUCAAGAUGACAAAGGACGGCAAGGUCCUCCUCAGCGAGAUGCAGAUCCAGAACCCGACGGCCGCCCUCAUCGCCCGCACCGCCGUCGCCCAGGACGAGAUGACGGGCGACGGCACGACGAGCGUCGUCCUCCUCGUCGGCGAGCUCCUCAACCAGUCGCUGCGCUACACGGCCGAGGGCGUCCACCCGCGCGUCAUCGCCGACGGCGUCGAGGUGGCCAAGAACGCCCUCACGGCCUUCCUCGACUCGUUCGCGCGCCCGCUCGCCACGUCGGGCGCCCACGAGACGCUCGUCCAGGUCGCCUACACGUCGCUCGCGACAAAGGUCAACAAGCAGCUCGCCAAGUCGCUGUCGCAGGCCGUCGUCGACGCCGUCCUCGCCAUCCGCCAGCGCCGCGACAACGCCGCGCCCGGCGACGACUCCAAGGACGCGUUCGAGCCGAUCGACCUCCACAUGGUCGAGCUCAUGAAGAUGCAGCACAUGACGGACUCGGACACGCGCCUCGUCAAGGGCCUCGUCCUCGACCACGGUCCGCGCCACCCGGACAUGCCCAAGCGCCUGACCAACUGCCACAUCCUGACGCUCAACGUCAGCCUCGAGUACGAAAAGACCGAGGUCAACUCGGGCUUCUUCUACUCGUCGGCCGAGCAGCGCGAGAAGCUCGUCGAGUCGGAGCGCAAGUUCACCGACGCCAAGGUGCGCAAGAUCAUCGACCUCAAGAAGCUCGUGUGCGACCAGAAGCUCGACCAGGACGGCAACCCGAUCGGCGAGCAGCAGUCGUUCGUCGUCAUCAACCAGAAGGGCAUCGACCCGCUCUCGCUCGACAUGCUCGCCAAGCAGGGCAUCAUGGCCCUGCGCCGCGCCAAGCGCCGCAACAUGGAGCGCCUCCAGCUCGUGUGCGGCGGCACGGCCCAGAACAGCGUCGACGACCUCACGCCCGACGUCCUCGGCCACGCCGGCCUCGUGUACGAGCACACGCUCGGCGAGGAAAAGUUCACGUUCGUCGAGGAGGUCCUCGAGCCCAAGAGCGUCACGCUCCUCGUCAAGGGCCCGAACGCGCACACGAUCGCCCAGAUCUCGGACGCCGUCCGCGACGGCCUGCGCGCCGUCAAGAACGCGCUCGAGGACGGCACGCUCGUGCCCGGCGCGGGCGCGUUCGAGAUUGCCGCGCACGCCCACCUGACCGAGGUCGUCAAGCGCGACGCCAAGGGCCGCGCAAAGCUCGGCGUGCAGGCGUUUGCCGACGCGCUCUUGUGCGUCCCCAAGACGCUCGCCGUCAAUGCCGGGUUGGACGUGCAGGACGCGGUCGUUGCGCUGCAGGUGCGUACUCUUGCGAGCGCGCAGGACGAGGCGAUGGACGGGCACGUGGUCGGGCUCGACCUGUCGACGGGCGAGCCGCUAGACCCGGUCACCGAGGGUAUCUGGGACAACUACCGCGUCAAGCGGCACAUGAUCCACUCGGCCGCCGUCAUCGCGUCCAACCUGCUCAUCACCGACGAGAUGAUGCGCGCAGGCCGGUCGUCGCUCAAGGGCGACGGGCAGUGA